AGAAAUAACAAAACGAACAGAACACAUUGACUUCCGGGCCUCUCUCCCCAAAAAGAUAAUACAUACAAUACGACCUGGGCCUCGGACUUCCAUAACAGAUCCUCGAGUCUCUCCCAGAUCCUCUCUGCCUUCUCUCCACGCGCUUCCCUCUUCCCCAUCUAUGCGAAUCCUUCCUUCAUCGAUCACCAUCUGAUCUUCACCACCAAUGUCGUACGGAUACCCUGGGCAAGGCUACGGCCCCGGUGGGGGACACCACCAACCUCCCCCUCCUCAGUGGGAUGGCCAGCAGCAACACCACCAUCAGGGAGGCUAUGGCUACUCUAAUCCGGGACAGGGCCAGUACAACCCUCAGCCUCCUCAGGACCAGGGCUACGGGGGAUAUCACCAACAACCUCCUCAGCAGUAUCAGCAAGGCAGCUACAACCAGGGACAGUAUCCCCCACAGGGCGGAUAUGGGGGACCUUACGGACAGCAGCAACAACACCAUCAGCAGGGACAUUCCCAACGCCCCCCUGGUCCUCCUCCCGAUGGCUAUGAUAUCUAUGGCUACCCAAUCGGCUCUGGUCACCAGACUCGUAAUCAGGGUUCCCACGAGAUUCACGAGAUUCCCUCGGGCACACAGCAGUUCGGUCAUGGUGCUCCUGAAGGCUAUGGCUUCCAAUACUCAAACUGCUCGGGUCGCCGCAAGGCAUUGCUGAUUGGCAUCAACUACUUGGGCCAGGAUGCCGAGUUGCACGGCUGCAUCAACGACACCAAGAACGUCUCCGCCUUCCUUGUCGAGAACUAUGGCUAUAAGCGCGAGGACAUGGUCAUCCUUACCGAUGACGCCACAAACCCCCUCUUGCAGCCGACAAAGGAGAACAUUCUUCGUGCGAUGCAGUGGUUAGUUGCUGGUGCUCAGCCCAACGAUGCCUUGUUCUUGCAUUACUCCGGCCAUGGUGGGCAGACUAAAGAUACCGACGGCGAUGAGGACGACGGCUAUGAUGAGGUCAUCUACCCUGUUGACUUCAAGACCGCCGGCCACAUCGUCGACGAUCAAAUUCACGAUACCGUCGUGAAGCCUCUCCAACCCGGUGUGCGAUUGACUGCCAUCUUUGACAGCUGCCACUCUGGCUCCGUUCUUGAUCUGCCCUAUAUCUACAGCACCAAGGGCGUCAUCAAGGAGCCCAACCUUGCCAAGGAGGCUGGUCAGGGUCUGCUUGCGGCUGUUGGCUCAUAUGCUCGUGGCGAUAUUGGAGGCAUGGCCAGCAGCCUGUUCUCUGUCGCUAAAACAGCGUUUGGCGGCGGCAAUGAGGCCUAUGAGCGCACCAAGCGGACAAAGACAUCGCCUGCCGAUGUUAUCAUGUGGAGUGGUAGCAAGGACGAUCAGACUUCGGCCGACGCGACAAUCGCGUCCCAAGCUACGGGAGCCAUGUCUUGGGCCUUUAUCACCGCCAUUAAGGCGAAUCCCAAGCAAAGCUACGUGCAGCUGCUCAACAGCAUCCGCGAUGUGCUCGAGACUAAGUAUACACAGAAGCCUCAGCUCUCCAGCAGUCACCCAAUCGACGUCGACAUGCUCUUCGUCAUGUGAUUUCGUCGGUAAUAAGCCGGCCUCUCUUUCUUCAGCUGAGCAGUUUGUCGGCUCGCUCCGCAUCAAUGUCCAUCCUUUCUUGUCCACGUUGCUCUCUCUCGCUUCGGCCGACUUGCAUUAUCGGAUCGAAUAAUGCCGAUCUGGUGAGAGAGGAGCACAGAGAGAGCCGAGAGAGAGGCCCCCGAGGUUCGCGAACGUGGCACUCAUUGUGCAUGUGGGUCGCCCUGUCGAUCUGCUGCUCAAUUCUGUUAAGGGGCAUUGGGGGGGGGGGGGUCGUCAGAAAUUCUAAGCCCCUGGAGAUCGGCAGCUGUUCGUACCCCCCUCCUAACGGAAUUCAGUUGAAGAAGAUCAGCAGCCACUCGAACAGGACCGCAGGGGACAAGGUCAAGGGGACACACAAAGGCUAUAUUUCCCUCACUCAAACUUAUCAGCUGAAACCAAGGGUCCAAUUCGCGACCGGGAAGGGAAGAAAGAAAGGAAACAACGCAACUUCCCAAAACUUGGAAGAGGAUGGGGAUCUUGAUUUUGGUAUUGGAAAGCCACGGGGGUGAAUGACUUUGGGCUGCAACUUCAAGCUUGGCCCAUUUCCUCGGGGACCUGCUUUGUGGAUCAGAGCAUGGGGGCCACAUGGCAUGGACGCCGACCGAUUUCCUGGUAGCUGGAGUCUAGGAAGAAAAAAAACAAGAGAAGAGAAAAAGAAAAAAUAUAGGAAAAAAAGAAAGAAAAAAAAAGAGUAAACAAGGUGCGGUUGGGCUCGUUUAUUGGGGGAGAAGUUCAAUACACAAUCCUGGAGCAUUCAAAUCUUUCUGUCCCGUCGCUAUGUCCCAUGUGGUGGUUAUGGUCGAAAAGCGCCUAAUUCUUUUUCCAUUUUCUUUCCUUUUUUUCUUUUCUUUUUUCUUCUUCUUUUUUUUUCACUCUCUUACAGGAGCCCAGUAGCGUAGGUGGAGAUGGAGAUUUGUGAAUACGACAUAUGAUCUUCGGUGUCUGUCCCCCGGUCAAAGUUCAUGCCAAACAAUUUCUCCAUCGUCGUCUUGGUGUGUUAUCAGUGCAAUGUAGUCGAGUGGUCUUUGGGUGUGAAC